UCGUGUGUUCCUGCAAAAUUAUUUGAAUUAUUUGAAUGUUUGAGGAGAUCAUAUGAUUUUAUACAUGAUAUUUAAAUAUAAUUAUAUAAUGUUAUGCAUAAUUAUAUAUAUAAAUAUUAUAUUUAAGGAGUUUUAGCAAUAAUUUGCGAGAGUUAUUCGAACGCACUUAUAUGCCAAUUCUCGCCUAAUGAGCUUAUAAUUAUAAUUAUAAUGAUGUAGGAUCUAGAAACGAAGUUAAUAGCGAUAGAUCGACGCGCGCGAACGACAGUCGAAUUUAUUUGACAAGUACUUGAAACGACUAUUCGUUGCGGAGAUCAAUUUUCCAGUCACGUACGCGUAAUUAUUAGUAAUUAGUCCUGUCAACAAACACAACACCCGUAUUUUACGGGGCCGUCAUUAAUACUAAAUUAGCGCGAGCCGCAAUUAAAUAAAUGACGGGUGAGGCAAUAGGCUGGUAAUUUGCCGGACGAUUAAGAGAUCGAUUAACUGUAUCGCAGAGGGGAGGGUGACUCGUAGAAAUAUCUCGAAUAAGUGAACGACACCGCGACAGUCAGUCGAAAUUGGCAACGCCAGCCGGAGGAUAUCAAGAGUUGAAAACUCUCGUUUGCUCUCUUCGGUCAAAGGCACCGAUGAAAGUCGUUCAAUCGAGAGUACCGCUUUCGCCUGAAUAACACAGGCAUUAACAUCGCGAUCGCCAAUAUAAGUCGCGAACAUCAAUCGACACGAUUGACAGAGAUACCUACUUUGAGAUCGCUCACGUAAAUCGGGCUCGUCAGUGUUAACGUUGGCGGAUACGUACGCGUCGUUUAACUAAUUAUCGCUUAAAAUUAACUCGAAAUCGUCAGUCAAGAGAACUUACCUAUUCGAUAUCGCCAAGGUUGCUCGGGAGGAUGAUUAUGGCUCGUUCGAAAUUGCCGGCGACGAGGGCGAUUGGAAAAUUUGUCGACGAGAUGGGAGAUGAGGAAGCCGGUAGUUUUGAUUACGCGGUCGCGGUGAAUCGCUGGAGCAUGAGGCUGCUGGGUCUGUGGCCGCUGGACACGCGUCUGUCCGAUCUCAAAUGCGGUGUGAGCUUCGGACUGAGCCUGAUUGUCGUGCUCCCAGCGAUAGCGCGUCUCUUUGUGUUAACAGAUCUGGUGGCGAUAAUGUAUCAAGCCAAUUUGACGUUGCCGGCGUUGCCGACGUUUGUGCGAUUCGUCGUCAUGAAGGUAAAGGCCAAAAACUUACGGGCCGUCCUGCACAGCAUGAGCCGCGAUUGGGCUAGCUACUGCUACUUGUCGGCGCGAGACCGACGUAGCAUGUUCCAUUAUGUCAAGAAAGGCAGGCGAAUUAACGUGGUUUACAUCGCGUGGAUGACACUGACGAUCGGAGCGUACAUAUUGAUGCCGCUCGGGGUUGCGUGGUUGAACGACCAUCCUGGGAACGCGACCGACAGAAGACUGCCUUCGGAAGUUUUCUUUCCUUUCCCUCUGGAACAGUCGUACGCGUACGAGAUGAUCUACGUCGCGCAGUCGAUCAUGGCCAUUAUCAGCGGCACGGCGAUAUUCUCCGUGGACUGCUUCGUCUGUGUCGUCGUGUUCCACGCGUGCGGGCAAUUGGACGUGUUGGCUGCGACGCUGGAGCGGUACGACGGCACCGUCGAGCACGAACGCACGGGGAACGCGCGUUCCCACUGCUGCGCCUGCCUGUCGUGCGUCGUGAAGCGACACGUGCAUAUCGUCAAUUACAUGAACGUCGUGGAGAAAUCCUUCGACAACUUCAUCCUAUGCCAAUUAUUGUCGACCACUAUCAUCCUGGCGAUUCAAGGCUUCCAAAUCGUUUUGUUUGCUCGCGACAGCAAUAUCACCGGUUUCAUCACGUUCCUCAUAUAUUGGAUAACAUUUACGUUCUAUAUUUUCAUAUAUUGCUAUGUUGGAGACUGUGUUAUCGAGAAGGUAACUCAUGAGUGCCAUUACUAUUCUAUUUUUCUCUCUUUCGCUAAGUUUAUGCUUACAUAAGUAACGUUAAUACCGUGAAGGU